GAAUGUGGAUGUAGGGUUAGCAACAAUGGCAGUAUUGGGAUCAGUUUGUGUUUGUGAUUAUUAUUUUGUCGGUUAAUUAUUCCUUUACUAAGGAGAGGGAGUAGAGUGGAGUGGAGGGGUCGAAUGUUGUGUGAAGAGAGUUUUUUGCUCCUGGUUCACCCUUGCUGCUGAUUCUCAAGGCAUGGCAGCAGUGCCUCACCGAGAUCCUCCCUUCCCAUUAUCGCAUCCAACUUUGCUGCUGAACCGGAGCUUCGGAACAUUCUCUUCAGCAACGUUGCGUAGCUGUUCAUUUGACUCCUUUGAAUACUACCAUGGCGCAAUUGUGAACUGGUUCUGCGUGGAUAGCGCUUUUUGCAUUUCAUUGAGAAACAGAGAAAGAGAGAGCGAGAGAGACAAAGCGGGAGAGAGUUUGAGAGAGCUUAACCUUAAGUGUAGUUCAGAAGGUGAUGUUCAAGUUGCGCUGCCACGACGGAAGGGGAGGUGCUGGAUUUCAUAGCAUUAUGAACAAUCAGGCUGAUGACACUCACCUUCUUUAGCUGCGUCUUUCAAUAGAAGCGCCCUCACAUUUGAAUCGAUUGGCUGUCGAUUCUGUCUUCAAACAACGGGGGGGGGGGGCUUGUGAGUUGGAAGGCAGGGGUAUCGAGUGCGACACAUGUUCAGAAUCAACUCAUGAAGCAAUUUUGAGGAAACGCAUUUGACUACUUGAAAGACUUGAAUGAAAUGAGCGAUCGUACCGUCUAAUCGAAUGAGUGAUUCUCAACCCGUUUUCGUUUUUUCUGGCCUCGUCCGUUCAGCUCAUAAAUAGUAUUGUGUUUUUGCGUUAUCGUUAAGCAAUCCAAGUUCGGUCAUGCUGCAUGCCAAGUUUGGUUGAUCAGAGUAAUUUGUUUUGCCGCUUCCCUAUCUUAAAUUUUGGAACAGAUUUUUUUUUCUUUUUUUCUAAAAAGUAAAAUAGCAACUCUGAUGUUGCUACAUUGUAGAAUAUUGACUUGAGCACGCGCCUCAAGCGUUGGAUGAAAAUUUCUUUAAGAGUCUUCAUGUUGAACUCGGAGGACUGUCGAUCUAUUCAAUUAGAUUCCAAUAUAGCUAUCAACCCCCCGCCAGCGACUCCCAUUAUUCGCAUCACUAAUUAAGCGUUUCACAGGUUUUAGGAUAUGUCACUUAAUAACAUGGAUAGCUCAAGUGCAUUUGUGCAUUGUUAGGAUUGGGUUCUCUGCGUAGGUUUAUGUGUUCAGCACGAAGAACUUUCAUUUCACCUCACAUAGUAGUGAGAGCAUGUUCUGACGUGACGAUCGUCUCUUUUUUUUUGGACUAAGUUUUCUAAUAGAAGGCGAGCUUGCCGCUAUGUUACCCUGGAUAUUACAACUGCAGAUGUGUUGCUUCAAAAUUAGAUUACAUGUCUCUGGGAGUUACUGGCAUGGAAUUGAAUUGAUGUUGUUCCUGUUUGUAAAUCGUGUCCGAUGUUGGUGUUGUUAAAUCAAUUUCUAGUCACAUAUGUGAUAGUGCGUUCUAUCGGGAAGCACAUUCCGUCAUCAUUAGCUUGCUUGUUGGCUGUUGUUAAUCCGAAGGCUGAUUACUUCUUAAAACAUCUUUUGUUGACUGAUUUUCAGGAAUACUGUUAUUUUGUUGUACUGGUGUCAUUGGAAUGGUGAUUCGGUCGAUACAUUUCAAUCUGUGGAACGUAAACCCAUAAUUGACUCCUUGCACUGAAUCAAAAUGCGAGCAGAGUGAAAGACUUAUCCAAUUGUUGAUGGUGAAGUUGAGAUGGACGCCUCACUGCCUAGGGGGUGUUCAGCUCAUAAAGUCUCUCUUCAAGUGGAGAGCUCUGGUGGUACAGAAGUUGGUAAUAGCUUUUCGAAUCAGGGGAUUUUGGGCGUCUUAGAAUUCCAGUCAGUUGGAGCAACACGUGUUGAGCCAGUAGCAUACGGGAAGGUGCCGCCUGCGGAUGGCAACUCAAAAAUGGCACUUCACGUGUCAAAGGGGGCCACUAACGAGGAAUUUAAGCUUGCGAGUUCAAGUAUGAUUGGGAAUCAUGUCGCGGCUACUGUCCAGAAUCCUGAACAAAGACAUGAUGAAACCUUAAAGAAAGGGCGUGGACUGAGUUCGAUAAAGAGUUCAACUGAGAAUGAAGCACAGAAGGAGGACGAAGGAAGAAAUGGGCUCAAGGUUUUCACCCUAUCUAAGUCGGAAGUCCCAAUGCGUCAAUUGGCAAGGAAGGGUGGAUUGUCGAAAGGAGAAGCAGCCCCUGCGCCAAAGCCUCUACUAUCCGUUGCCGAUGCAGUGAAGGAAGGGAUACUGAAGAAAGAACGCGAAGAGCAAGAUAGGAUGGAGGCGAUAGAUGCUGUAAUGGGUAUUCAUUGGAAAAUGAAGGAAAUUAUUGGGUAUGCAGCUCCCUUUCCUGGAGUAGCAGGGCCUGAAAGUGGUAGAUUAUGCCAAUGUUGUAAUAAGCCGGAAAGCUCGAAGUCCACUAUAUUUUGUGACAAGUGUGAGAGGGGGUUUCAUGUGGAUUGUGUGAAGAAUUGGCCAAAGCCCGCUCAGGAACUUGAUGUGUGGCACUGUGGACCCUGUGGUCUACAACCUGGUCACUACUGGCCCUUGGGCAAGGUUUUGAUAAGUUAUGAUAAUGCAGUCGCCGAGUACAAAAAAUAUUCCUCGAAUUUUUUGACGACAUUGCAAAAGGUGGAAUCGAGCUUUGGUACCUUCUCACAAGGCGUAGGUACACGGACACAUGAGAAGUCCGACGGAUUUGAAAGUGUUCCAAAAGUGAAAGUAAUCAGAGAUUUCAAGAAAGAAGCCCGAAAGGGUAAUUCUAGAGUAAGCGUGGCCAUUACCGCCAGUCCACCAGUCGCCUCAAAGGCAGACCCUGGCACGCCCAUGCAUACAAAAGAAUUUGGAACAACGGCUGGUAUGCCAGUAUCAGGAGAAACUCAAUCACAAUCAAAGAUGCUUGGUUAUCCUGGAUUUGUACAGACGCAUCCCAUCUCAGUGUUCAACUCUGUUGCUCCAAUUGUGAGUUCCAUUGUCUCUCAAGAUGCAACUGCUGUCAGGACGUUGAUAACUCCACAUGCUCCCAUUAUAGCUAGUCAUCAAUCAAGGACCGUUUUGCCUCUGACUGAGUAUCCUGUGAGUUGUACACCACCUGUUUUUCACACAGAGUGCAUAUCCCCACAUGGAACUCCAUCGAAACUCCUGUAUACGACAAAUAAUGAUUCAACAGGUCCAACAGCUAUGAAAGCGCAAUUUGAAGUUGCUCCAGGUAGUUCUCAGUAUCCGAAGACCUUGGUUACAAAUCAGCAUAUUGCUUCAUCUGAGCCAAAUAUCUUAGGCCGUUUAAAUUUGUCUUAUGCCCCAAAUCAAACCGGCGUGCAGCAGAAAGCAGCUCCAGCAAGUGGAGCUGUUGGAAUAGAGAUUUCCUCUUCCGAGACACUCAGGCCUUUGGCGGUUGGAGAACGUUUAACAGAAAGAGAGGAACUUCUGAAAGAAGCAAAAGAGUCUCUGAAUCAGUUGCGAACUUUCAUAGCUGCUCUCAAAGGAAACCUUGCAGAAGGUUGGAAAGUUGUUUUAAGAAAGAGACCCACGGGUGCGCAAGAGAAAUUUUAUCUCUCUCCGGCUAAGCGGAAAUACAGGUCUAGACAAGAUGUGGCUCGGUUCCUUGGGCUCGUGGAUGAUCCCAAGUGUCAGAGAACAAAACCCAGUAACCUUGGGACAUCAUUAGAUAAGCUCGUGGACAAGCAAGAAAUCAACUUACCAUCAAUUCAAGCCUCUGAAGUGGCAAAUCUACCCAUGUUCUGUGGAGAUGUGAUGAUUGAAAAGCUGGGUGUAAUCGACUCUCGGCCGACAUAUUCUGACGAGUAUCACAUUUGGCCUGUCGGAUUUCGGUCGUCGUGGCAUGAUUCUGAGACUGGGUCAUAUUGUAUAAGUGAAAUAGAGGAUGGUGGAGUAUUGGGACCCAUUUUUCGGGUCACUAGAAAGCUCGCGAAAGGUGCUGCUGACAGCAACAGUAGUUUUUUUGCAUCUUCAAGGUUAGAGAAAUUUGUACUGGACAUUAGUGGUAUUCCUGGUGAACCUGCGAAAAUGAAGAUUGCUGAGGAGAAAUCAAGUCCGCCCAAGAGCACAUCAGGAGUGAGUGGUAGGAUUGUAGAUGGUGGCGUAUUCAAAGUGUCUGCAGAAGGCAUUCAAAUCGAUGCUCAAAAACGGCACUCGGGAGAUGGCCGUGGAGAACUCAUUAAGCACACUUACGAGCUUGGCGAAGACGACAAACCAUGUAAUGAGAAAGAGGAGAUUGUUUUACUUCAGGAGUGUCAGGAAGGUGGAAGCAGAAUCAUAAACGGUGAUGCUUCACAUGCUUCGUCAACGAACCAUAAUGUGGCCAGUCAAUCUGUUGGUGAAGUUGUCAUUGAUCCCAUAGAGGAGAAGGAACUUCCUGUAAAACUUGGUUCGGAUAAUUCAUUGGAUGUAAGUGUGUCUACUUUAGAUGUGAAGGGUGACUUCAACCUCGCAGAAACAGGUAAAGACGUAGGUGCCUUAGAAAGUUUGAAAGUAGACAGUCACCACUCAAAGCCAACCCUUGUUGUUCUUAAUUUGUCUGGUGAAGAGGAUGAGAAGUCUUCAGCUAUAGUUUUUACAGACAAAAGGCCAGCCUCUGUAGAAGAAGGCAUAGAAAAAGUGUCGAGAUUUGUACCACCGCACAUCAAACCUCUGCCUUACCUCCCGAUGAAUGAAAUCACUGUGGAAGCUCGGACGCCAGGAGAAGCAUGGAAAUCGUUCGGUAAGAAAUUUGUCGAGCAUUACAAGAAUUUUUUGGAGUCUGAGGUUAGUUCCUCAAUUCAUAACAUAGACACUAUCAAUGGCUACAUGACUUCCAACUCAGGCACUUCCAAUCUUGGGAACGAAAGCAUUGAUGUUUCAAGUCCAGCUUUGUUGAGCCAGAAAUGCACUGACAAUGAGGAGACUACAAAUACCGUGUUUUAUGAAAGGCUGGAGAAGAGAUUAGGGGAGAAUCAUUCCGGGCUGAACUUACCAACGGUGCAGAACAUGAUCAAGGCUCUUCACAUUGGAAAGCUCUCAGGUCAUAACAAAACAUGGGUAAAGGAAGUUGAUCAGAUUGUUGAAGUUGCACGUACUGCAGCGUUGCCUUCACCAUCUCAUGCCAAACAGGUUGCAGUGAACUCAUCUGAUCCUUGGAAAAGGAAGAAGAGAGUUAAAAGAACUGAUUUAACAGCUGAAGAGAGUGUGAAAAAAAUGAAGCGAUCAUGUGCUGAACCGGCAGUCCCACCUCUACUCCAGUUGGCAUCAGAGGAACAAACUGGAGUUGAGAAUGCGGUUUUUAGAAAUUUUCCACCUGUUGUUGCGCCAGCACUUGUACCUCCUUUAACUCCGGCUAUCGGGUCAGGGCAAGCAACUGAACCCUCAACGACAGCUCCACAAGUGCCUCAUCCUGUAAUUACAGUUGAAGAGCCUCGUCUACCACCUCCAGCUGGGCAACCUAUUUUGAAGAGGUUGCCUUCAGAGUUGGUUGGAGAUUUACUUCAGGUGUGGGAGUUCUUGUGUCGAUUCUCAGACUUAUUUGGGCAAGACGUACACUUCACCCUUGAGGACUUGGAAGCAGGGCUAUUAGAUGUGGUACCUGUCAGAAGUGUUGAAGUCACGGGUAAAGACAAGGAUUGGUCUAAAAAAUGUUGUAAGAAUGAGAUGGUUAGCACUGUGGGGGAUUCUCCUGAGCAAAGCGUGAGACUAGGACAGGAAGGAGAGAGAAAUGUGAUUGAUCUUGACGAACCACUGGAAAGAGAUCCAAUGGGAGGUGACAGGGUGUCGGACAAGUGUAUUGUUGCAGCAGAUAGGAGGCAGGAGAGUGAAAAUUCUGAUCUUGGGCAAGAUUUGAAUGCCGCAACGGUGGCUCAGACUGGGAUAAAAAGUUCCCUCAGUUCAUGCUUGGAAGAUGCUGAAGGGGAAAAGGAAUUCUCUGAGGAUCUGAAACGUUUGGGCAAUAAGUCGGAGGGCCUGGAUGCAUCUGAUGGAGAACCAAACGAAGUUAAGAAUGGAGUUGAGUUUUAUGAACAAACAGUGAGCAGGGCUCUUGCACUUCUUGCAGAAGCACACAUUCCCUUGUUGAAAUUUCUUGUGUCUGAUCUAAAGUUCCGAAUUUCAAGAGGUCUAAAUGAGGAUGAGGUGGAUGAACCUAAAAAGAGAGGAAGAAAGCGUGUUUGUGAUUUAGGACUUCUGCCUCCUGAAUUUAGUGACGAUCUUCCCAUGAAUGCUGUUACAUGGCCAGAAGUUGCUCAUAGAUAUCUUGUUGCCAUUUUAGAGGUGAAAGAGCAGGGUGAAAUAACAGAGUUAGCACCGGAAGAGCGCAAAAAGCUCGUGAGGUACUUUGAAGGAGAUGGUGGUGUGAUGGGUGGUGCUGUUGAGGGAAUUGUGGGAGUUGAAAGCGAUGCCCAGGUAUUAGCAGAGGCAGAGAAAGAGCUAACACUUAGAGUGCCAAAAACAGUUGAGAAAGAUAUAGUGAUUUUUGUUCCUCAAGAAUGGGAUGUUGCAUUGACGCCUAUUAAUCCGGCCCCCAGAAGGGCCGAGGGUGGAAAAACUGGGGAACUUGACCCUCUACCAAAGUGGGUGGAGGCAUUAGAGCCUGUACGCAAAAUGCCAACUAAUCUGGGUACAAAACUCAAGAUUCAAGUUCAGGGAGCAUUGGAUUGUAACCCCCCUGACUGGGCUAAAGCCACGCUGGAGUGGUCACUUAGUAAGGGCACUUUUAAAAGCAAUGCCGCUGGCACUACUAAGAGAGCUGUUUUGGAGGUCUUAGCACAGUAUCAUGGUGAGGAGUUGAAGGCUAUUAAUGCUCCUCGUAUUCGGAAGGUGAAAGCUGCUCCAUCUGCGGAACACCUGAUGCAGCGGUGUAGAAUUGUUUUACGUGAAGUGUCAAAAGCUGAUAGCAAACAGGUCUUUAAUAAUCUGGUGGGUGGUGCUUUUCCUGUCAAGUCUAGUAAGAGUACAGUAUUAUUGGCACGGCCUUUUGACUUUCGAACCAUUGAUGCGCGCCUUGCUGCGGGAGCGUAUGGAGGAUCAACGGAUGCAUUUGCUUCUGAUAUGCGACAGAUUUGGAAGAAUGUAGAAGCGGUGCAUAAAAGUGGCAGCGCAAUACUGGAACUAGCCAAUCAUUUGUCUCAGUUAUUUGAAAAGCUGUAUCAAAAGCAGGUGAUAAGCCUAAUCAAGGGUUUGGCAGAAAAUGAAGACAAGGAGAAAGAAAAGGCCAGUAUUGUGCAUACAAAAGUUGAUGAUUCAGUAAGAAAGUCAAAUAGUAAACCAAACACAAAAGGUUCUGGAAAUGCCGUUGACGACAAGCUUGGAAAGGCACCCUUAGAGGAUGAUAGUACUUGUCGGGCGUGUGGCGUAGAUGAGGACUAUGACAGCAUACUCCUCUGUGAUGGUUGUGAUGCAGAAUAUCACAUAUACUGUUUGGUUCCUCCACUCGAGAGAGUUCCUAAAGGUAACUGGUUUUGCCCAUCUUGUGUGGCUGUCGAAGAAGGCUUUCCAGAGACAUCUUCUCGUGGAGAGGCUGAAUUGGCGGCAUCACAAGAAGAAAUGGAGAGGCCUGUGGCAGGCAGCAUACUGAAAUUGGAGUACGAGGAUGUAAAUGUGCAUCCUGUUUUAGAAAGCAAGCCCGAGGCGGGAAGGACGGGAGGAGUGCUUAGGUCGGGGACUAAAUCGGAAACAGAUCCGGAGGAUAAUAUCCUGAGUGAAGAACCUGAUACUCAAUCUCCUGCCAUGGAAAGCACUGUACAAGGAUUGCUCAAAGAGUUGGAAGAAAAAGAAUAUUGGCAAUUGAGUCUCCCAGAUAAAUUAUUUCUGUUGAAGUUCCUUUGCGAUGAAGCUCUAAAGACACCUCAAGCUCGUGCUCACCUUGAGAAGAGCGUAGAAGUUGCCCUAGAAUUGCAACAUCAGCUCCGAGAUCUGGUUGCAGAGCGCUUGAAAAUAGUAAUUCCUAUGGACGUCAUAAACCAUCCAAAAAAAACUGAUAUUGAGACUCUACACAAGCCUCAAACGAAUUCCCUAUCAGGGCCAAGCCUAGGUACAACACAGCUCAAAGAUGGAGCAGAGGCAGUUGCACAAGCUCCUAAACCUGAAUUGCAUGCAUUAGAAAGAGCUGAAGCCUCAACUGCCGCUACAUUUUCAUCUUUAGCGCCUUCUAGUGGCAUUGGUAUUGUAUUGGUUGGGGAUAACAGAUCUGAAACGAAUACACAAGAAAUCAACGUGGAAGUUGAUAAGGUAGUGCAUUAUCUGGACCUUAAUGUUACAGCUGGAAAGGAACCUGAACAUGAUCAUUUACGAUUAGACCGUAACACACAGAGUGCGUCAGAGCAGGGUCAUAAGUCACGUGAAAGCGAGAGCGGCUAUCUUCAUGCGGCCAUUGUUGGUGAGGGUAUAGAAGGUGAUAUCUCUAUUCAGCCUGACGCAGCUCCCAGACCUCUGAAUCUUUUGAAAAGGAGUUUUGAGACGACAGCGUCUGUUCUUUCAAGCGCAAGUGUGAGUGGCCCCAAGAAUGUGAAAAUGGCUAAGAAAGAAGACAAUGCAAUUCAAAUCUCUCCUCUUAGUGUGAAUGUUGCUGAAACAAAUGGAUCAGCCGAGGAAUCGUCAGAUACCCAGACUGCUGCUUUAAAGGUUCUAGAUGAUAGAAAUGUCCGGAUUAAGGCAUUACAAAGUGCUAGAGAUCUGGAUUUGAAAAUCACAAAAUUGGGAGCUAAGCUUUUUAAUCUCACUUUGAGAAGAGAGCACAUGGGCUCAGAUUAUCUUGGGAGAGAGUAUUGGGCCCUGACCGGUAACGAUGGGAAACCUUGGUUAGUUGUUGCUGAUUUGACCUCUACUCCUCAAGGCCAGGUUGGCAAAGUCACUAAUCUUGAUCCUGUCUGUCAAACGGUACAACUUCAGGGCCUUGGAGUCCGUAUCCCUUCUUCAACACUUCUAUCGGCAUCUAAAGCUCCAUCUGAGGAUAAGCUGCAGGAUGAUCCAGAAGUGAAGACAGUGCAGGAAGGAAUCAAGUGGAUUUAUUAUAAAGGUGACAAAGCUUUAGAUGAGCUGGUCAAGUGGCUAAGUCCUAGAGAUCAGCAUGAACGAGUACUUAGGAUAGCCAUCUAUCAUUGGCGAAGAUCCUUGUACUCGAGGCAUCUUUGGGACACGCCUGCAAUCACAACUGCACCUAGUAAUGGCCAUGCUGAUACCAUGACGGAGCCAAACAACGUCAUCAAUAAGCCUGGGACUAUUAAGGAAUCGCCUCUCUCAGAAGAAAUGGAAGAAAACAGUAACAUCUGGAGUUUUCCCGCAGCAAAAGCAACAAGGUUGCUGCAGAAAAGAUAUUCCCAAUCAAAUGCUUCUCGCAGCGAUGAUGUGUCGGACGAGAAUGACCCUCACAACCAAAAAGAGGUUAUGGACAAGCAUGUCAGGGUGCUGAGGCGAUGUGAUUGCCUUGAGCUGCUGUGGACUUCUCGACAUCAUUGUCUGAAGUGUCAUGAAACAUACGAAUCACUAGCCGAAUUCCAGACUCACUCAAAUAAUUGCCCUCUUGGAAGUAAGCCUAGCGCAGAAAUUGGGUCCAAAGACACUCAGCCACAAAUACCUGCAAAGGCCAAGAAAAUCACUCAUGAUAGUAGCAAAGUUGCAGUGAAAACAAAAAAGUUGGCAUCUUUUGAUAAAUCAUCAGACUUGUCCCAAACCUUUGCCAAGUUUGGGAAUGCAACUAGAAGUGAGAGAGUUAGGAGAGGUCUGAAGAGAGGGAGUUCUCGACCAAUUGUCGAUGAUGAUGUGGAUAUGGAACCUGCUGAAUCAAUGAGGUCCCUAACUGAGUAUGUUGAGAAUUCGCAGACUCAGAAGAUAGCAACUCCUGAGGCGCAGGAGCUUACUAAGUACACUCCUUCAACGGGUCUUUUGAAAGCUUUGGAAGAGUUAGUAGAUACCUCUUCCUUGGCGAUUUUGUCCCAAGCACAUGGGCAACUCGUGGAGCCUACACCGGAGUCAAGAGAAGAAGUUGCCACUUUUGAAACGACUUUUACUGUAGAUGAUUUUGAAACUAAUACAUCGGCUGCAAAGUUUGAUUUUAGGAGAGAGCAGGUUUCGGAUGCUGUUCAGUUGCCCGAGCCUGAGGUUUUGAGUGCUAAUCAAUUGAAUCUGAAUCACUCAAACAAUCUACAGAAUGGUCAGGACAAUCGCUCAAAUAACCCUCAGGGCAAUGAAGGGAGCAUCAGUGGUUGGGCGAACGACUUCAACAUCUCCGACCAACAGUUCAGAGACGCAAAAUUGUACCUGCCUCAGUCAAAUUGCUCAAUUCUUGCACAGAAUUGUCAAGGUAGUAACGGUGGAUGGAUGAAUGGCUUGAACGUUUCUAGCCAUAGCUUCAGCAACCAUGUGCUGGAUGCCAACAAGUUGAAAUGCUCAAACAGUGCUCAAGGUAGUCGUGGCAAUAGCGGUGGAUGGGCGAAUGAUCUGAACGUUGCUACGCAACCCUUGAGAGAAGAUGCUUCUUCAUUUGGGUAUCAUCCUCCAGCUCCAGCAAUGAUUUCUACUCAGUCCGGUAGAGAGAGGACGAGCCAGAUCGGUUUUUCAGGCCGAGAUUCAUCUUUUACACUCUCUGUGCAAAGCCCUCUUGCUUUUGACGCCUCACAUGUGAUGUCAUCUUCUCCUGACUAUCCAUCUAUUGCAGGUUUUAGUUCUCUAGAACCUUCAAACCCUGUGGCCUCCCAGUAUCAACAGUUUAGGCCUCCUCGCAACGUUCUGAGCCAAGCAUCUGUUCUAAAUAGUAACUUUCCGCUCUCUUCAAAUGACGCAAACCUUCAGUCUGUGCCUUACAAUCAGUACCUUGCCCCCUCAGAUCAUACGAACCCUCAGCAAUCAAGCUUUCAGCAAUUGCUGUCUUGUUCUGAUACUUUGAAUACCUCAAAUUCAUCACAUUCUAACUUCUUGCCUGAUCCAGAAAAUAUGAAUAGUAUCCCGUUGUCCUACACUAACCUUCUCCAUUCUCGUGACAGUAGAAACCCACAACCUUUACUGUACUCUCAGUAUAUUCCUCUACUCGAGAAUAUAAGUCCCAGUGCAACCAACCCCUCAACUUCCUCUUUUUCCAAUAUAAUUUCCCUAAAUCCAUCUAGUACACCUUAUUUGAAUUCAAACCCCAGUUUUAACCAGCCUGACUCACAUCACGCAGAUUUGACCCAUUCUAAUAUUCCUGUGCACACUAACUUGAACUCUAAUCUAAACCAUUCUUCACGUCUUACUGGCUUGAAUAUUAAUUCUAGUUCUUUGUUCCCUAAUUUAAACUCAAAUUCGAACCUCUCUGUCCCAGAACACGUUGGCAUGAGUGCCAAUCGUAAUCCUUCUUUGUGUACCAGCUUGAAUGCUACCAGCCCUCUUGCCUCAUCAUCCAGCCACUUUCCUCUUAGCAACAAUGUUGUGGACCCAGAAGCCAAGAAGUUUGAAGUAGGAAGGUUCAACUCCAAUACAUGGUUUGAUUCUCAAAUUCCUCCAGAGCCGUCGACGUCAGAGCGCCCUCCAAUUAUCCCUACCAAACCUACUGCACGGCGAAGUUCGACUUGGGAUUAUCUGAUAAAUCUUCCCUUGCCCUCAUCUCAAGGAAAUGAGAGGCCAGUUCAAAUGCAUCAUAUGAGGGCUUUUGGAGAUCGUUCAUCACCUCCAUCUUUUGAUUUGAUGUUGAACAAGCUACAGCACGGAGAUUUGAAUAUGCAUUUAGUUCGUGAAACCAAUGGUACUCAAGCCCUAGAUCGGGUGUUUGAUGGACAGCAAGUUGAAAAUCUAAUCAACAAUUCCUCUCGACAUGCAGUUGCUAUGGGAGAGGACUCUGUUACUUUAGAUUUGGUGCUCGAGAAACAUGAGCAAGUGAAUGGGGUUUUUCCUGCAACUGGUCCCAGUGAAGUGGGCUCUUUUCCCUUAGAUUUGAUGUCCCUACCAGAGGAACAGAUAGAGAUUGUGCAGGGGGAUACUAUGGACUCUGCCGAAAAUAGAUGCACUGACGGUGUGCAGGUUGUAUCAGUUAGAGCUGCCGAAGAAAAGUGUGGUGGUGAUUUCCAUAAUGAUUGUAAUGGAGCUGCCAGAGGAUCAUGUGAAGACAUUGUCCAAGUUGAUUGCUCUGAAGCUCAUAGAGGUUCGUGUGGAGACACUUCGCAGGUUAUCCCGGAUGGAGCCCAUACACUUGGUCGUGUAGAUGAUCUCCAGGUAGAAGCACAAGGAAAAUCUACAUUAGAUACAGUGAAGGUCGAGGAAGGGGAUGUGGGCACAAGCUCUAAGCAGGGAGCAAUUUUACCACUUCCUGUUCCUUUAGCUGUUGCCUCAAGUGGGAGAAAGCCAGUAAAAAGAUUUCUUGUAGCGAAUGCAUCAGUGCACCCUUUAAUAGGUGAACAGAAGUAUUUGUUGAAAGGACUGCAAAUUAGUUUGUUGGAUAUGGAAGCUGCCAUGGCUGAUGACGUACUAGAUUCUUCUCGAGCCUCGUCAGUGAGACGGCGUGCUUGGCGGACAUUUGUGAAGUCAGCGUCUUGUAUCUAUGAGGUGACGAAAGCCAUUAUCCUUCUGGAACUUAUGGUGAAGGCGGAUUGUUUGAAGCCAAACUGGGGUUAUUGGUCAUCUUUUACAGCAGCUGCCCGGUCUUCCUCCAUGUCUUCAUUGGCCUUGAGGCUCUUUGCGUUGGAUUCAUCUAUUACGUAUGAGAGGGUAAAGGCUCCAGGAGGUGAGAAGGAAGCCAUCCAACCCAACAAAGGUUUUAAGGCAAAGAAAAAGAAAUUGCCAGAGUUGCCUCUGCCUCCACCUUCUAAGAAGAAAAAAAAAAUGAAAUGAAAUUCAAGAUAGCGAUGGUUUUAGAUGUCCCUGCUGCCUGCCUGUUCCGUCCAUAGUGACUUCCAAGCAUGGCGGAUAGUUAAAACUUCAUCUGCAGCCGGUAGGUAUUCCGACGAGCGAUUUUUUGUUCAGCAUUGUAGAGCAUCAGAAGCGAGUCAUUGUUCUGGCUCUCCUCGGGCUGGCCAGUCGUAUAUUCACUUUGUUUAUAUUCAACACGCCUGGGUCAUACAAUUUGAGCGGAUCGUAUUUGUUACAUUCCAGCUCACGUCAUAAAGUUGAAGCUGCCAACAUGUUUCUUACCAUCUGUUCUGUUAGUUGAAGUAGCUUAGUAGGUUCAUGCGAUCUAGGUCUUCGAAGAUAUUCAAAAAGCCCUGCUCAUUUGAUGCCUACGUAUUUUUUGGAAUGUUGGGAUUCAAGUGCUUUAGCAAAAUGGGUUGGCGUGUUGGAUCGUAUUUUCUAUAUUUUUUUCUUGUGUCAUUGGUCAUUCCUCUAAUAACCAAUAAUGUAAGAAUCCUAACAGGUGCUUUAUAGUGAACUCUCGGGGUUCAUGAAGGGCUCUUAGCUUCUGAGCGCUAGCUUAAUCUUCUUCAGAGAUUCCAUACUCCAUAUGUUCUACAGGGCAUUGUUCCUUGUUAUCCACAUUCAUUUAAUUUUUAUUUAGAUUCUUAUUUAGUUUAGAAA